GCCAAUGAGGGCCGGGCUGGCGCGACGCUGGCGCGUCAGCCCUGGUCAAGUCCCGGAGAUUGAGUAUCUCUUUUUUCAGUCUUUGGGGCUUUUAAAAAAGAGCCACUAGUCUCAAUGCGGAGCGGGCUAUGACAGCCUCCGUGCUCCUCCACCCCCGCUGGAUCGAGCCCGUCAUGUUCCUCUACGACAACAGCCUGGAUGAGAUCAAUAAGAACAUGGACGGGUUUCACGCCGGCAGCAACUUCGCGGCGGCGGCGGCCAACCCCUGCCGCAACCUGAUGGCUCACCCCGCGCCCCUGGCCGCCCCCAGCGCCGCCGCCUACAGCUCCAGCGAGGCCCCCGCCGCCGGCAUGGCCGAGCCCGCUGUCAAGCAGUGCAGCCCCUGCUCGGCCGCCGUGCAGAGCUCCUCCGGCGCCGCGCUGCCCUACGGCUACUUCGGCAGCGGCUACUACCCCUGUCGCAUGACCCACCACAACGCCAUCAAGUCCUGCGCCCAGCCCGCCUCCACCUUCGCCGACAAGUACAUGGACACCUCGGUCUCCGGCGAGGAGUUCACGUCUCGGGCCAAGGAGUUCGCCUUCUACCAGGGCUACGCCGCCGGGCCCUACCAGCCGGUGCCCGGUUAUCUGGAUAUGCCCGUGGUGCCCGCCAUCGGCGGCCCCGGCGAGCCGCGCCACGACCCCCUUCUCCCCAUGGACAGCUACCAGCCUUGGGCCAUCACGAACGGGUGGAACGGGCAAGUGUACUGCCCCAAGGAGCAGAGCCAGCCGCCUCACCUCUGGAAAUCCACCCUCCCGGACGUCGUUUCUCAUCCCUCGGAUGCGAACUCGUACAGGCGUGGAAGAAAGAAACGAGUGCCUUACACAAAGGUCCAGUUAAAAGAACUCGAAAGGGAAUAUGCUACAAAUAAAUUCAUAACCAAAGACAAGAGGAGGAGGAUAUCGGCGACUACAAAUCUAUCAGAGAGACAGGUCACAAUCUGGUUCCAAAACAGAAGGGUCAAAGAGAAAAAAGUGAUCAACAAAUUGAAGACCACCAGUUAAUGGAUUAAAAAUGGAGAAGCAGCAAUUCGAGAGUUUCAGAACUUCUUUUUUUUUGUGUGUGUUCAGAUUAAAGUAAUUAUUAAUAAUAAUUAAAAAGAGAAAAGACAAUGAACCUCUUCUUUCAGAACAACAGAUCUGUAUCUUUGGAAUUAUAGUCUUUCUUUCUUUUUCUUUUUCCUUUUUUUUUUUUUCUUUUUAAUAUAGCUGUAGCAAAAUGGUGAAAACUGACAGUUCUCCUGAAAUCCCAAACAGCCAGCCAGUUUGACAGACUGUACAGCCCACAUGCCCAGCUCCGAGAGAUACACUUUCAAUUAAGACACGAUUUUCUGAGAAACUUGUAAAUACUUCUAAGACCUUACUAUUUGAAAGAAGACCCUUCGUGGCCACGAUGCGAGGACUGGUUAACGUGAGGAGGUCGAUGUGGACACAUGAUCUGGUUUUCUUCCAUUGCAAUCCAAACUGUAUGUUGAAUGACUGCUCAGGUAAACCAUAGUGAAAAAAUUACAAUUACUGUAUGUUUUUAAGCAAUGCAUUUAUUGUCCAAAAAGUAAUAAUAAACCUCGAAGGUACUGAAUAAGGAUUUCAGAGACAUCAGUAAUGAAGGAAGUUCUGUGGAGGAUCUAUCGUGAUAGUAAAUUUAAACAUCGCAAAACAGUGAGGAUAGAAAGAAAAAUAUUUGCUUGGAGAUGUCUUUCGGUUUCAUUUUUUAUUUUCCACAGAUGAAUUAUUGUCAUCUAACCUGGGGGGUUUUGUUUGUUUGGAGGUUUUAAUUUUUUUUUUUCCUGCAGACCAUACAAUAGAUACAUUUUAAAGGACUCUGCCUAUUUUAAACCUGAAUUAAUCUUCAAGAAUUAAUAUUCUAAGUCCCCGGAAAUUUUAAAUAUUUUAAUAUUGGCAUUUCUUUAAGGUAGAAAAAAAAUGGCCUGGGGAAAAAAUACCCAAGAACUUUGAAAUACAUUUUUUCCCAGAAGUAUUUUGAUUUAUGUAAUCUAUAUUUGAUCUAUAAGUAAUUAGUAGUUUCUCCUUCUUUAUUGUCUGUUAUGAGGCCGCAGUAGAAUGUUUAGGGAUUCUUUUUACAGCACCUUUUAAUCCAAUCAGUUAUUUCAACCAGCACAUUAUUUUGUUUUUAUUCACUAUAAGAAGCUAUCUUGUAAAUAAAAAAAAAAAAUCAGCGCACUGUGAAAAUGUACUUAUGCACCCUUUUUUAUAUAUAUUUCUACUGAAAAAAAUGAAAACCCAAGACGUGUAGAAGUAUAGUAGUAUUAAUACUGUUAAUAAAAUAGUCACUGUAAUAAAACCUGAAAGAAAUACACCUUA